AUGAUUGCGCUAGAAAAAAGGCAAACACUUGAUAAUAUUGUGAAUAAAACAAAUUUAAAACUUGGUGGCAUCAAUUUCGGUUUCCGUCUGGAAAGUGAGAGGGCCCAGAAAUGUAUAAUGGACCCAGGAAGACUCAUCAUAGGUCUUGAUGUUGCCCAUCCAGCCAAAAGCAAAAAUGAAGAAAAUCCAGUACCGUCAGUUGUGGGCGUAAGCUUGUUCAUUUAUGCACUGGUUUAUUCCCUGAGCAGUUAG